AUGGAGGACGAGGAGGCCCCGCCGCCCUCCGACAGCCAGAUCCUUCGUAACACAGUCUUCUCUAAAUCUCUGGGAAGAAAAUUUAGGUUCUCUCCAAUAUAUACUGUAUAUUAUACCUUUGGUGUUUUUAUCCCUCAGGUCAGCCUCUUAACAAGUUCCGACCUACGAACGCGAGUUCUCCAAUUUGUAGAAGACAGGAUUCAGACAACCAUGUUAACUGGGAUAGCCAUUGGAGCUGCGGUGGCCUUGGCGCUGAUUGGGAUCGUUGUGUAUUUUGUUUACAAGAAGGUGAAGGAAUCAAAGCAGCCUCAGGCACACGUGCCCCAGUACAGGUUUCGCAAGAGGGACAAAGUGAUGUUCUACGGCCGUAAGAUCAUGCGGAAGGUGACAACUCUGCCAAACUCUCUAGUCGGCAACACAGUGCCUCGUCAGCGGAUGCGGAAAAGGGCCAAGGUGUUGUCCUUGGCAAAGAGGAUUCUGCGCUACAAGAAGGAGUCCCCCACCCUGCAGCCCAAGGACCCCCCGCCCUCCUUGCUGGAGGCCGACCUGACGGAGUUCGACGUCAACAGCUCCCACCUGCCUUCCGAAGUCCUUUACAUGCUGAAGAACGUCAGGGUCCUUGGCCACUUCGAGAAGCCCCUUUUCCUGGAGCUCUGCAAGCACAUGGUCUUCGUCCAGCUGCACGAAGGGGAAUACAUCUUCCGGCCCGGACAGCUGGACAACAGCAUUUAUGUCGUGCAGGACGGGAAGCUGGAAGUCUGCAUUCAAGACAGCGAUGGCACAGAGAUGGUGGUGAAAGAAGUCCUGGCUGGAGACAGCGUGCACAGCCUUCUCAGCAUUUUGGACGUCAUCACGGGCCAUCCUGCUCCUUACAAGACCGUUUCUGCCCGAGCGGCAACACAGUCAACUAUUCUGCGUCUCCCAGCCAACGCGUUUCAGGACGUCUUCCAGAAAUACCCCGAGACUCUGGUCAGAGUCGUGCAGAUCAUCAUGGUGAGGCUGCAGAGGGUCACUUUCCUAGCUUUACACAACUACCUGGGACUGACCACCGAACUCUUCAGCUCUGAGAGCCAGGCCAUCCCCCUGGUCUCGGUUGCCAGCGUCACCUCUGGGGGCAACCCCAGCCGGGUGGUCAAAAGGCAGCUGUCCAACCUGUCCGAAGAGGAACGGGCCGAGAGGCUGGAGAAAUACGCAGCCUUGGAGGCCACAGGCGAUUCUGGGAAACUUCCCGGCUCCGAGCCCCCGCUCCGAAGAAGCUUGUCUUUGACCAUCCCCACCGGAUAUACCGAGGCGACAGGUAGCUCAGCUGGAGCUAAAUCAGACUUGGACGUGGCCUGCGACAGAGCCCGGAUUGAGAUUGACACCUCUGCCUCCGACACAACUGCGUACAAGCCCAUCUUGAAGAAAACCGUGACGGUGACCGAAAUGCCCUCGGCCGUCUUCCACUACAUCCAGAACAACGUGCCCGUCGCCACCAAGCAGGUCAACACCAUCUUAGAAGCCGCCAAAAAAGAUCUUCUGACUCUGAUGAAGCUGGACGACCUCUCUCUCUUGAACGGGAAAGUCACGCUCCAUCAGGUGGCCGCGGGGACGGUGGUGUCCCGGCAAGGCGACCAGGACGUCAGCAUCCGGUUCGUGAUCUCGGGGGUCUUGCACGUCUAUCAGCGGAAGAUCGACUCGGAGGAGGAGACCUGCCUGUUCAUCACCCACCCGGGAGAGCUGGUGGGGCAGCUCGCUGUCCUUACGGGGGAGCCCCUGAUUUUCACCAUCAAGGCCAACCGCGAUUGCACCUUCUUAGCGAUCUCCAAGUCCCACUUCUAUGAGAUCAUGCGCGAGCAGCCCACGGUGGUCCUGGGUGUAGCUCACAUGGUGGUGAAGCGCAUGUCGUCCUUUGUGAGGCAAGUUGACUUCGCCCUGGAUUGGAUGGAGGUCGAAGCCGGACGCGCCGUUUACAGGCAAGGGGAUCAUUCAGACUGCACCUACAUUGUCCUGAACGGACGGCUCCGCUCGGUCAUCAAGUUGGACGAUGGGAAGAAACACAUGACCGGCGAAUACGGCCGGGGGGACCUGAUUGGCGUGGUUGAAGCACUCACUCACCAGCCCAGGGCGACGACGGUCCACGCUGUUCGGGAUUCUGAGCUGGCCAAGCUUCCUGAAGGAGCUCUGAGCUCGAUCAAACGCAAGUUCCCACAGGUCGUGACGCGGCUUAUACAUUUGCUGGGUGAGAAAAUCCUUGGAAAUCUCCAGCAAGGGGGGCACCAGUUGGGCUUGCACACUGCCAGCAGCAAGUGGGACGCCAGCAACCCAGCCAGCAACCUCGCCACGGUGGCCAUCAUGCCUGUCUCUGAAGAUGUGCCUCUGUCUACCUUCACCCUGGAACUCAAGCAUGCCCUCUGCGCCAUCG